AUGCUUUGGAAGGAUCAGAGUCUCCGGGAUACCGUGGCAGCAUGCGAGCAGUAUCACGGCCUCCAACACCUGCAGUUGGAUGACAUGGACCCCUAUGAGGCUUACAAGAACUUUUACAAAUUAGCCCACGGUCCCCUCUGGUCCCAGGUUCCUGCAGCUGUAGAUGACUAUUGGCGAUAUCUGAGGCAGCAACGGCUGCACAUGGACCUGAUGAAGCCCCUCAGACAGGGUAACUUGAUCGCGUGGCACACUUUGGCAUGCUGUCCUGCCGGCUCGCUGGUCGUUGCCAUGAACGAUGAGGCGCACAGGAGGCGAGAUGCUGUCCUGCAUAUCUGGGUGCCCAUUGUCCCCGCCAGCAUCGUGGGGUCGAUCUACUGGCCGUGCCACUACGGCACCGUGAUAACCGUGCAAAAAGACUGGAACUCGCGGGACGACCUUCGGAAAGCUUGGAGGGACCGAUCGUUCAAGUCGAAGUAUGACUGGUGCCGCGCGUCGAACCAGACCAUCGACAAUCAAGCCCAGGCGUUGUGCCUUCCGUUGCUGCGGUUCAACGACCUAGAUCAGUGCAAAUUUUUCAUAAAGGGGAAGAAUAUCAAGACCGGCAAAGAGCCUUGCGGUGGAGCGAAGGCGCUCCGACCUAUCGCACCGUUCCUGCAGCAGCGGGAGGAGGACGUAUUUUGUUUGGUAGAACAUUCGGACAAUCUCAGGAGCCCCCGCGCGGCCGCCACCACCGACAGCCCAAGACAGCUCCACAUAGCAUGCAUGGGCCUCUGGCCGUCGCACGCGCGAGCGUGGCGUGGGAUGCUCGCGGGACUGUUGAGCGCCCACUGGCACGGAGGCUCGAUGAAGCACAGCCCUGCAGGGCCGGAAGUUGCCAACCGUGACGAUGGCAGCGAGGCCAUGACCGCUGGUGAUGGAUCUCGACGGGACGCUCUCCGGCAGACACAGACCAAUUUGCCCGACCAAGCAAACGGUCGUACGCGGCAUCCUUUUCCGAAGCACAACCUCAACAAAGCUCACAUGAAUGAGGUCAAAACCUGGCUGAUCGACGAGAUGGGUUACGACAAGGCAGCUCGGAGGUGGCACUGGAACAGGGUACAGGACGUUGCAGAGCGGGAGAACCAGAAGCUAGAGGACGCCGCUUGA